CUCUCUAUUCUUCCUCUUCCUCCUCUGUUUCUCUCUCUACUAAGUAAUCAACUUUUCUCUCUCUCUCUCUCUCUCUCUCUCUCUCUCUCUGCUCACAAACACGAGCACACAGCUUCUCCAAAACAAAAACAGAGUCCAUUGCUGAAACAGAGAGAGCAGUUUCUAAUACGCCACUCGAAAGAGCUUCGGAAGAAGAAGAAGCUCACACACCCAACUCCCAUACAACAUUCACAUUCUCCUAUCCUUGAUCGCUCUCACCACCAUUGAUUUCCCACCUCAAAACCCCUCAAAGAUGCGAUUUUUAUCACAUUCACGCCUCAAAAGCCUCACCUUUCCCCUCCUCCUCCUUCUCCUCCUCCUCCUCCUCUUCUCCUUCUCCUCCUCCUCCGCGCAACCCCUCUCACCGUCCCAAGCGAAAACCCUAAUCCGUCUCCAACGCAUCCUCGAGUACCCCUCCGCGCUCUCCCCCUUCGCCAGCCAAACCAACUAUGGCUUCUGCAACCUCGCCCCGUCCCCCUCCCUCUCCAUCUCCUGCUCCGGCGACCGCGUCACGGCCCUCUCCAUCUCCGGCGAUCGCCGGGCCCCCAUGUCGCCGGCGUUCUCCGCCGACGCCCUCUUCACCACCCUCGCGCGCCUCCCUUCUCUCACCACCCUCUCCCUCGUCUCCUUGGGAAUUUGGGGCGCCUUCCCCUCCAAAAUCGACCGGUUCAAUUCGCUUCAGGUGCUCAAUCUUAGCUCCAAUUACCUUUACGGUGCCAUCCCGCAGGAAAUCUCUAAAAUGACCUCCCUUCAAAAUCUCGUCUUGGCCAAUAAUUCCUUCAAUAUGACCGUCCCUGAUCUCAAGCCCUUAAUCAAUCUCACCGAAUUGGACUUGUCCGCGAAUGGCUUCGGCCCCGAUUUCCCUUCCUUAGGCAAGAAUUUGGUCAGAUUGGUACUCAAAAACAACUCCUUUCGCAGCAAAAUCCCUGAUAAUAUUGGUUCUUUAGACCAUCUUCAAGUGCUGGAUUUGUCUUUGAAUCAGUUAAUGGGAUGGAUUCCGCCUGCUUUGUUCUCGCUUCGAUCGAUUAAGUACUUAGACUUAUCCCAAAAUAGAUUAACAGGACAACUCCCGGCUAAUCUAGCUUGCUCCAAUUCAAUCUCGUUUGUCGAUCUGUCGUAUAAUCUUUUAAGUGGGGCUCUUCCUUCUUGUAUAAAUUCCAACUCUUCGAGCCGGGUCGUGAUUGAUUCGUGGAACUGUUUGAGUUCUUCUGAUCUGCGGUAUCAGCAUUCCAGUGGCUACUGCAAUCAGGGGGCGUUGGCUGCGAUCUUGCCGCCGCCAAGUGAGAGGAGUGGAUCGAAGAGCAAUUUGAGUCUUAUACUUGGUAUUGUCGGGGGGAUAAUCGGUGGUGUAGCUCUGUUGGGUUUGUUGAUAGUGCUGGUUCUGAGAAACAUAAGUGCUCAUCACCCCGAAUCCAGCUUAUUUGCAAAGCCGAUUGCGAGGAAACCUUUGGGUCAAGUCUCUUCAAAAACCCCUGCCGAGAAGAGGCAUAUUUCUCAAGCAGUGAGGAUCGGCGCACUCGAAGUAAUGCCUUACCGUACUUUCACCAUGGAAGAACUCGAAGAAGCAACAAAUGGUUUUGAUCCAUCAAAUUUGAUCAAAGACAAUGCCAAAGGACAGCAAUACAAAGGUUGGCUCCAAGAUGGCUCAAUGGUGAUUGUAAAAUGUAUGAAGUUAAAGCAAAAGUAUUCAAGUCCGAGCCUUAUUCAAUACAUGGACAUUGUCUCGAAGCUUCGCCACCGCAAUUUGGUUAGCAUCAUUGGUCAUUGCAUAGUCACUGAACAGGAUAAUACCAACACAACCAGCAAUAUUUUUCUUGUUUCUGAGUAUAUCGCCAAUGGAACUUUGAGGAGCCAUCUGACAGAAUGGAGGAAGCGCGAGAUGCUGAAAUGGCCACAGAGGAUGACGGCAGUUAUCGGUGUCGCGAGGGGUAUUAAGUUCCUGCAUACUGUGUCUGUCCCUGGUAUUAUGAGGAAUGAUAUAAGCAUAGAGAAUGUUUUGUUGGAUCAAACUCUCACAGCAAAGAUCAGUGACUAUAAUCUUCCGGCUCUGCCAAAUAAUAAACAUAACAAGGGAGGUUCUGAAAGCCCUUUCAAUUUUAUGGAAGAGAACGAAUUUGGGAGUAUUCGCAGAUUGGAACAAGGUGAAAAGGAAGAUAUUUAUCAGCUGGGUAUAAUUCUUCUAGAAGUUAUCACUGGCAAAUUCGCUGGAUCCCAAAGCAAGUUGGAUGCCGAAAUAGCUCAGCUUCGGAAAAGUUUAUCGGACGUCCCCGAGAAGCUGAAAUCAAUGGCUGAUCCUGCGAUUAAAGGCACUUUUGCUUUCGACUCGCUCAGAACAGCAGUAGAGAUAACUCUAAACUGUGUAUCAAAAGAUCCAAAAGAGCGACCAUCGAUCGAUGAUGUGCUCUGGAAUUUGCAGUAUUCUGUGCAAGUGCAAGAUGGAUGGGCUAGCAGUGAGAGCUUAAGCAUUCAGUAUUAAGAUUUCUCAAGAUGGCUUCUCUCUCUUGCUUCAAUGUUGUUUUUGUACUGUAUGUUUAAGCAAACUCAGAAACAAUGAUAAUAUAGCAAUAAUUUUUGUAAAUAUACAUUUGCAGUCUA